GAGAAAGGUGGGAAACAAAGGAAUCGAACGCGCACGUGUUAAUUCGUGCAACGCCAUGGCUUCCGCAGCGGAGACGGAGGAAGUCUCUGUUUUCAAAUCCCAGCAUCUCUCUAGGAUUGAACCAGGAAGAGAGGCGGAUGAAUUAGGAUUUUUCGAGCCCAUCCAUUCUGUUUCUGACCAUGACUUCCUCACAAUCCCCAACUACUCGAGUUGGUUUUCUUGGGAUGAAAUUCAUGAAACAGAAAAAAGCUUUUUCAAAGAAUUCUUUGAUGCAAGUUCCCCAUCUAAGACCACAAAGCUAUACAAGGAAUACAGAGAUUUCAUUAUCAGUAAAUAUCGAGAAGACCCAACAAGAAGACUGACAUUCACUGAGGUGAGGAAGUUGUUGAUUGGGGAUGUAAGCUUAAUUCACAAAGUUUAUCAUUUCUUGGAAACUUGGGGUUUAAUAAAUUUCCAAGUAUCAGAUCAUACAAAGGAAAUGACUAUUAAUGACACACAAGUAGUCAAUUUUGAGGAAGGAGUUCCACCAAGUAUUCGUGUAGUUCCUGCCAUGAAUGUUACAAAACAAAUGACUUCAGACAAUGCUACCGAAAGAGUUGUGUGGGGGUUUGAGCCACCACCUUUGGCAUCUUAUGUUGAUGUUUUUGGUGAGGACAUUCAUAGAGAGGCGAAGAGGAGGAAGGAGGAAACGGCUGUUACAAGUUUGGCUUGUAAAGGUUGCGGAGCUGAAUGUUCAUUGAGCCACUACCUUUCUGUUAAGGGCGAGUCGAUACUUUGUGGAAAAUGUUUUGAAAAUGUGACAAAAGCUGAGGAAGAAACUGCAGAUGGCACCAGGACUACUGCUGAAAAACAAGGACCUGUUUCUUGGACUGAUUCAGAAAUGUUGUUGCUCUUAGAGGGAACUUUGAAGCAUGGGGAUGAUUGGGAUAAAAUUGCAGCACAUGUUCGAACCAAGAGUAAAUAUGACUGCAUCUUGAAGCUCAUACAGCUUCCUUUUGGCGAGCACUUGUUAAGCAAUGUAAAUACUAAAGGCAAUCUUGAGUGCCCAAAGAAAAAUGCAAGUGUCAAUAAGGAAAACCCAAAUCCCUUUCUUGAAGCUAUAAUGAAAGAGGAGCAAAAGGAUGAGCACAUUGAAAAGAGCUUGCAUAUGGAAAUGAAUGAUUUCUCAGUUCAUCCUCUCAAGCAGAACUACCUUCCUUCACUUACUGAUACAAGUUUCUCAUUGAUGUCGCAGGUAGCUUUCCUGUCUACAAUUGUCGGCCCCCAGAUCGCAGCAGCUGCAGCUGAGGUUGCUGUUAUGGCAUUGGGCAACGAGAACCCAUCUGGAAGAGAACUCUUGGAUUCAAAGCAGGAAAAUGUGACAUUUGCCUGCUUGAAUAAUGAUCCAAAGAGAGUUUUAGAGAUUGAGGACAAAAGGGAAAUGAAUGAGACCUCUAGACAGUCAGGGACAUCCAGGGUCCCAAGUGAAAAUGGUGUUGGUUAUUCAAUAUUGCAGUUGAGAGCUGCUAUUGCAACAGCUCUUGGGGCUACCGCUGCUCAUGCAAAGUUACUUGCUGAUCAGGAAGAGAGAGAAAUAGAGCACUUAAUGUCUAUUUGCAUCAAAAUUCAGCUUAAGAAGGUUCAGUACAAGGUGAGCUAUUUUGAGGAGGUCGAGAUGAAAAUGAACGAGGAACUUGGCUUCUUACUACAAAAGAAAAAGAUGAUUCUUGAUGAUCGAAUCCUUUUAUUACAGAAGGCUCUUGAUGUAGGCUUCUUGAAAGGCAGAGAGAACGAUCCCCCGAGGUGAGUAAAGCAUUAUGAAAAGGGUAAGACUCGGGCUUGAUAUCUGGACUCUGGAUAGAGUUUCAAAACCCGCCUUUGGAAAAAUAUGGCUGACAUAAAAAAGAGAGACGAGGGAGAAGCACUGUUCAAACUUUUGAAGGUUUUGGUUGAAAUAGGGUGAUCGUUGGCCUACUUCAGUUUUGCUGUGGUACAAGACCCUUUUGAUUAGCCGAUCCCGAAAAGGCUUUGACGAUGAUGACAACCUUUUGAUAUCGACUCUUACUAACAUUCUAACCACUUCUCCAUGUAGACCUAACUCGAACAUCCCUGUAGCAUUUACAUUUUUGCAAAAUGAAAUAUGAAAUCUUCUUGCUGUGUUUUCUCC